AGAGAGAGAGAUAGAAUGCGUGGUCCCCUCGGGGUGAAGGUCACCAUGAGCGGCACCUGGCUCCUCCUCCUCCUCCUCCAGGCGAUGGUGUUCCAGGGUUCACAGCAGGCAAUUGACUCUCAAGUGAGGCUGAGUGACGGCCCGACCCCGUGCUCUGGGAGAGUGGAGGUUUACCACUCGGGAGAGUGGGGCACCGUGUGUGAUGACAGGUGGGGCAUUGAAGAUGCCAUGGUGGUGUGUCACCAAGUCGGGUGUGGCCCUGCCAUCUCGGCGCCCAGGGGUGGGUAUUACCCAGUUGGCACUGGAAAGAUCUGGAUGGAUGAAGUCCGGUGUCGGGGUACGGAGCUCCAACUGUCCACCUGCUCAUUUCAAGGUUGGAAAAAACACAACUGCAACCACAAUGAAGACGCUGGAGUGACCUGUCAAGAAAGAGAGCCACCGGCCCGGCCAGAGAUUAGGGCAGCUCCCUCGUACCCGGCGUACCUGGUGGGAGAAAAUGUCACCCUGACGUGUGUAAUCCCAAACCGUUACACACCCGCUCACAUCCAGUUUCUGAAAGACUCUGCCCUCGUCACCAACAGCACUGGGAACCAGCGGCGAUCCACCCACAGUGUCCUCCACCUCACCUCCAUCGAUCCGGGGAACUACACGUGUUCCUACCAGACCCUGGAGUAUGGACGGUUGCUCUCAUCAGCCCCCAGUCUCCCAGUGGAAAUUGCCCUCACUCAGCCCCGUGUCAGGCUGGUGAAUGGCAGCGACUCGUGUUCGGGGAGAGUGGAGGUGCAGUACAACGGAGAGUGGGGGACAGUGUGCGACCGUUCCUGGCACAUCUCAGAAGCCAGGGUGGUGUGCCGCCAGCUGGGAUGUGGGUCAGCCGUGGCUGCACUUCCCGGGGCUGGGUUCGGACACGGGUCAGGAACGGUCUGGAUGGACGAGGUGUCCUGCGGAGGGACAGAGCCGAGCCUCUGGGCGUGUCCAUUCAGUGGAUGGGGCCGGGGCAACUGUGGGCACCAGAAAGAUGCCAGUGUGGUCUGUAACCCCAGCUCCCUGUUCCGACCCUUCAUCACAAUCACACCGGACAGCCCCCUCCACGUGUCUGGGAUCCCUCUGGCAAUCCAGUGCCUGGCUCCGAAGGGUUACCUUGGGGGCCGCUUCCGCAUCCUGAGGGGUACGUCUGUGGCCAAGGAGCACCGGCUGGACCCUGGCAGAAACGGAGCUGUUUUCCUGUACCGUAAUGUGAGCACCAGCAUCGGGGGGAGCUACAGCUGCCUGUACCAGAGGCUGGUCGCUGGCUUCUGGGUCACCUUCCGGGCCAGCCCCUCCAUUCCAAUCCGGGUCGUAGAGCUACCAGCCCGGCCAGAGAUCACAGCCACUCCCUCGUACCUGGCGUAUCUGGUGGGAGGAAAUGUCACCCUGACGUGUGUAAUCCCAAACCGUUACACACCCGCUCACAUCCAUUUUCUGAAAGACUCUGCCCUCGUCACCAACAGCACUGGGAACCAGCGGCGAUCCACCCACAGUGUCCUCCACCUCACCUCCAUUGAUGCGGGGAACUACACGUGUUCCUACCAGACCCUGGAGUAUGGACGGUUGCUGUCGUCAGCCCCCAGUCUCCCAGCGAAAAUUGCCCUCACUCAGCCCCGUGUCAGGCUGGUGAAUGGCAGCGACUCGUGUUCGGGGAGAGUGGAGGUGCAGUACAACGGAGAGUGGGGGACAGUGUGCGACCGUUCCUGGCACAUCUCAGAAGCCAGGGUGGUGUGCCACCAGCUGGGGUGUGGGUCAGCCGUGGCUGCACUUCCCGGGGCUGGGUUCGGACACGGGUCAGGAACGGUCUGGAUGGACGAGGUGUCCUGCGGAGGGACAGAGCCGAGCCUCUGGGCGUGUCCAUUCAGUGGAUGGGGCCGGGGCAAUUGUGGGCACCAGGAAGAUGCCAGUGUGGUCUGUAACCCCAGCUCUCUGCUCCGACCCUUCAUCACAAUCACACCGGACAGCCCCCUCCACGUGUCUGGGAUCCCCCUGGCAAUCCAGUGCCUGGCUCCGAAGGGUUACCUUGGAGGCCGCUUCCGCAUCCUGAGGGGUACAUCUGUGGCCAAGGAGCACCGGCUGGACCCUGGGAGAAACGGAGCUGUUUUCCUGUACCGUAAUGUGAGCACCAGCAUCGGGGGGAGCUACAGCUGCCUGUACCAGAGGCUGGUCACUGGCUUCUGGGUCACCUUCCGGGCCAGCCCCUCCAUUCCCAUCCGGGUCAUAGAUCCUCCAACAGAGCCCAGCAUCUCUCUGAGCCCUGCGUUCCCUGUCUAUCUAGAGGGAGAGAUGGUCACCAUUGAGUGCGUUCUUCCCAACGGCAAGUCCCCGGCUCGAUUCCGGUUACAAAAGGACUCGAUCUCCAUCGUGGAUGACGCCACCAGCCGACGGUCCCUCAGACACACGAUUCAGAACCUGACCAGCAGCAGCCAAGGACUCUACACGUGUUCCUACAAGACCAUGGUGUCUGGUCUCUGGGUCACUUCAUCUCCCAGUCAGUCUGUCCCCAUUGUUCUGACAGAUCCUCCAACAGAGCCCAGCAUCUCUCUGAGUCCUGUGUUCCCUGUCUAUCUGGAGGGAGAGACAGUCACCAUUGAGUGCGUUCUUCCCAACGGCAUCUCCCCGGCUCGAGUCUGUUUGCGAAAGGACUCGAUCUCCGUCGUGGAGGACACCACCAGCCAACAGUCCCUCAGACACACCAUUCAGAACCUGACUAACAGCUGCCAGGGUCUCUACACGUGUUCCUACAAGACCAUGGUGUCUGGUCGCUGGGUCACUUCAUCUUCCAGUCGGUCCGUCUCCAUCGUUCUGACAGAUCCUCCAACAGAGCCCAGCAUCUCUCUGAGUCCCGUGUUCCCUGUCUAUCUGGUGGGAGAGACAGUCACCAUUGAGUGCGUUCUUCCCAACGGCAUCUCCCCGGCUCGAGUCUGUUUGCGAAAGGACGUGAUCUCCAUCAUAGACGACACCACCAGCCAACGGUCCCUCAGACAUACAAUUCAGAACCUGACCAACAGCAGCCAAGGACUCUACACGUGUUCCUACAAGACCAUGGUGGCUGGUCGCUGGAUCACUUCAUCUCCCAGUCAGUCUGUCCCCAUUGUUCUGACAGAUCCUCCAACAGAGCCCAGCAUCUCUCUGAGUCCUGUGUUCCCUGUCUAUCUGGAGGGAGAGACAGUCACCAUUGAGUGCGUUCUUCCCAACGGCAUCUCCCCGGCUCGAGUCUGUUUGCGAAAGGACUCGAUCUCCGUCGUGGAGGACACCACCAGCCAACAGUCCCUCAGACACACCAUUCAGAACCUGACUAACAGCUGCCAGGGUCUCUACACGUGUUCCUACAAGACCAUGGUGUCUGGUCGCUGGGUCACUUCAUCUUCCAGUCGGUCCGUCUCCAUCGUUCUGACAGGGUUAACUCUGUCCGUGACUGUCUCCCUGGACCAUCAGACCGGCCUGUACCUGACAGGGAGUGCAGCGACCGUGAGCUGCUCCAAUCCCAGUCAGUCCCAGCUCCAAUCGGUCACGUUUUACAAAGAUGGAGAGCUCUUACACUCACUGGAGGCGCGCCCUGACAAACAUAUGGCAUCCAUCUCCAUCGGAAAUCUCACCCGCGCAAACGGAGGGAGUUACACUUGCCAGUGUGAAAUGACCGUGUCUGGGAGACAUCUAAUAUCCAGUCUUAGUAACGCUGUGUCAAUAACCGUACAGGAGGCGGUGAAGCCGGUGAUAACUGGAGUGUCGGCGGUGGAUGAGAUUGGAGGGAACCUCUCGAUAACCUGCCUCAGCGAGGGGAGUCAGCCCAGUGAAGAGUUCUUUCUGCAGAGGGAUGGCACCACUUCCUUGCCUCACUACUGGACGGUAUGGAAGGCAGAUGGUUCUGUUACCUUCAUCAUCGCCGAUGUGAGCCAGGACGAUGCAGGGAACUAUUCCUGUGGCUACAACCUGACGGUCAACGGGACGGUGUUGGCAUCCAUCUUCAGCGAAAGCAUGCAGGUGACCGUCAGUGAAUUCAGGAAGCCAUCUGGGAGGCAUGCGGUCCCACGAUAUUACUAUGUCAUCGCUGUGGCCUUGUUGGCAGCAGUUCUCACAGUUGUUCUUGCAAUCCGAGCUCGAAACAAGUCGAAGCAAGAUGAGGGUGCUGAUACUUUUCCUCAAGGAUUCCCACAUGCUACGUGCCAGAAGCAAAAUGUCAUCUCCCUCCAGCAGGUCCUGCCAAUCAAGUCCCACAGAGUCACAAGUAUAUAGGAUAGUAAAGAAGCGACACAGCUCCCAGAAACUACUCCCCCC